UGCCACUCUCUGAACCUCCUGAGAGGCUGCCAACCCCGGGGUGGCACCCAAGAAAGGCCCCAGAAGCAAAGCCUAAUCAUAGAAUCAUAGAGUUGGAAGAGACCACGAGGGCCACCCGGUCUCACCCCCUGCCAUGCAGGAACCGGAAGACCAAGCCAGGCAACCUCUUUCUGGGUGGACCAAAUACGGGGGAUGUGCCCACUGAACUCCCCCUACUCCAUGCAGGGAUGGAGCCGCUUCCUGCCCGAGUCCUGCAGCGCCUGCUGCUGCUCCUGGUCGUGGCCCUGACCGGCAGCCUCGCCCAGGGGGGCAUUUCCUGCUACGACGACUCCGGGCAGCCCGUGGACUGGUUUAUUGCCUACAAACUGCCAGAGUCUCAUCACCGCGGGCCAGCGGAAGGCAUGCGCUACAUGUACCUCGAUGGUCACACACAGGGCUGGGUGGAAGGCCGGAGUCUGAUGAACACCACAGAGGGAGCCGUGGGACGCACACUGCAGCAGCUGUACACGGAAACCCCACGGAGGCAGGAGGAGGAAACAGCCUAUGUCCUGUACAACGAUGCACCACCAAGAGAGUCCUCUUCUAGCAAAGGUCACACCAAAGGAGUCAUCUUUCUGGACAGUGCCCAGGGAUUCUGGCUGCUCCACAGCACUCCGCACUUUCCAGACCUCCAGAUGAACUACAGUUGGCCGAGCAGCGCCCUGCCCAACGGGCAAUCCUUCCUGUGUGUGACCUUCCCCUACAGCCAGUUCAAAGAGAUCGGGAGACAGCUGCUCUUCACAGAUCCGCUUGUGUACGAUUAUCGGGUGGAUGGCACCUUCGCCCAAGAUCUACCUGCCCUGCUGAACGCUUCCCAGGGGUGCCACGUCCAGCAGGAGCCGUGGAACUCCAGCGUCACCCUGGUGUCCUUGGAGGGCAAGGAGUUCGUCAGCUUCGCCAAGUUCGGCCACUUCGGUGAUGAUCUGUACUCUGGCUGGUUGGCCCAGGCUCUCGUGAGCAAUCUCUACACCGAGUUCUGGCACAGAUCCCGGGGGAUCCUGCCCUCCAACUGUUCUGGGCCCUACCACGUCUACAAUGUGGAGACUGUGGCCUUCCAGGAGCCUGGGCCCACCUUCUCCACCAUGGUGGACCAUUCCAAGUGGUGCGUGACGACCGAGAGUGAACCUGGCUGGGCCUGCGUUGGGGACAUGAACCGCAACCACGCAGAGGAGUGGCGGGGGGGAGGCACCCUGUGCUGCCAGGACCCAGCCGUCUGGAAGGCCUUCUACUCCUUGGUGCAGAAAUAUACAGAUUGCGAGGAAGCAGGAAAGGCCUCGUGGGAGGGGUAGCAGAUCCCAGGCUGGCCCCCUUGGGCAGACUUCUCUCUGCUAAGCUGCAUCCCAACCCAGGCACUGAGGAAAUGAAAAGAAUAAGUUAAGUGUGUGACCUUCCCCUACAGCCAGUUCAAAGAGAUCGGUAGGUAGACCGAGUGGGUCUUCAUGUGGGCAGUGUUAAGUAAGUUUUGGCCACACCUCAACGGUACCCAUAGUCCCAGUUCUUCAGAGCUCUCUCAGCCCCACCCACCUCACAGGGUGUUUCUUGUGGGGGUGAGGGAAAGGAGAUUGUAAGUCCCUUUGACUCUCCUUACAGGAGAGAAAGGGGGGGAUAUAAAUCCAACUCCUCUUCUUCUACUGAGUUUGACUGUUGGGUCUAUCAUUGUCUUCUCUGAUUGGCAGUGGCUCUCCAGGGUUUCAGGUCUUCAAUGUCACCUAUUACCUAAUCCUUUUAAAUGGAGGUGCCGGGGAUUGAACCCGGGGCCUUCUGCAUGCCGAACAGAUGUGCUGCCUCUGAGCCACAGCCCUUCCUGUCUUCACUGCUGGAAUCAACUGCUGAUUUGAGAAACAGCAUAAGAACAUAAGA